CUGACCCGCCCCUGUAGACCCUCAGACUGACCCGGCCCCUGUAGACCCUCAGACUGACCCGGCCCCUGUAGACCCUCAGACUGACCCGGCCCCUGUAGACCCUCAGAGACAUGGAGAAGUUCGGGAUGAGUUUUGGGGGCGGUCCCGGCAGGAAGGAGCUGCUGGACACCAUCGAGUCCCAGAAAAAGCAGCUGGUCCAGUACCAGACUCGCUUCAAAGACGUGGUCCGGGCCUAUAAGAGUCUUCUGAAGGAGAAGGAGGCCCUUGAGGCCAGUCUGAAGGUCUUGUCCGUGACCCAGGAGGUGGACCUGAACCAGCAAGGCCUAGACACUACCUCGACCUCGGACCUCCCAGAGGACGGCUGCUCGCUGCACAGUGAGGACAGCGUGGACACGGCAGCAUCCGUGGACGUGUCUAGUGAGACCACCAGAGGGGACCAGAGCGAGGAGGACCAGGGAGAACCAGGAGCCAAGUCCAGCUCAAUGACCCUGAGGUCCGAUACGAGCGCCGGCAGCCCGGAGAGCAGCGGCAUGGGGGCGGAGCAGCAACAGCAGGCCACGCCCCCUCCCAGCACAGAGGUGGACCGCCGAGUCGCCCAGCUGAAGAACCAACUGAGCACGCUCACCAGCGCCCUCUCCACGGUGACGCACGAGAAGUCCCGGAUGGAAGCCAGUUUUCAGGCCGACAAGCGUCAGCUGAAACAGGAAGUGGAGGAGCUCCAGGACCGUCUGGUCUCCAUGACGACGCAGCAGGAGGCGGAGCUGCGGGCCCUGCAGCAGCAGUUGGCCGAGAGCCGCGCUCGCAUCAUCACGCAGCAGCACGAGAGGGAGCAGGAGCAGGGAGACCACGUCCAGCAGCUCAGGGAGCUGCAGAGGAUCCUGCAGCAGGAGAGAGACCUGCGACAGGACGCAGAGCUCCGCCUGCAGGACGCCAACACUACUCUCCUCAUGACAUCACAGGCCGUGGACCGGGGGGCGGAGUCAGAGGCUCACCUGAACCAGGUGAGGGAGGAGAGGGACGAGCUGAGGAGGAGGCUGCAGGCUGCCGAGGAGGACCAGAAGAAACCAGAUCCCAGAGUGAACGAACUGCAGCAAGAGCUGACGGAGCUGAAGAAACACUUCCAGCAGCAGAUCCACCUGGAGACCAGAAAGGCCUGCGAGGCGGAGGAUCGAUUCCGUGAGCGCGCUCAGGCUGCAGAGACCAGGGUCGCCGGUCUGGAGCAGAGAGUCUCUGAACUGUCGGAGCUGCUGGGUUCCUGUGAGAAGUCGAGGCAGAGAGACCAGCAGACGGCUCAGAGACUCAGAGACCGGAUCCUGCAGCUGGACACCGAGAACAAAACACUGGCCAUCUCCGUCUCCAGCAGGAUGACCUCUGACCUCGGCGUGGACGAGUCUCAGCUGGACGUUGGCGUGCUGAAGGAAAAGCUGGAGAAGGUGAAGAAGCUGCUGUUGCUGGCGGCUCAGAGGAACCCGGACCAGAACAUCCACAACCUGGUGGAGACCCCCCCAGAGCUGGGCGGAGACAAAGCCUCCGUGUUCUACCAGCAGGAGCUCCAGCAGCUCAAGGACGAGUUCGAACGCUACAAGCUGCGAGCUCAGGUGGUGCUCAAGAACAAGAACGCCAAAGAUGGCUGCCAGGCCAAGGAGCUGGAGGAGGUCCGGGACCAGCUGUCCGAGCUGAAGGAGAAGUACAUCAACCUGAGGAUCCAGAGCGACGAGGCCGAGACCCGACACCGCCGCCAUCUGGAGGAGCGGCAGCAGCAGGCAGCGGCGCUGCAGCACGCCAACAAGCAGGAAGCGGAGCGGGUGGAGGCGGCGCAUCGUGACGACCUGCUGCGACUGGAGGCGGAGCUCCACAAACAGAGGGAGAGGACCAUGGCGCUGCUGGACGAGAAGGACCAGGAGCUGGAGAGGCUGCGGGCCGCGGCGCCGGUCUGCGGCAACGACACCGACAGAACUGCCGACCGCGAGCACGAGUCCGGCCCGGAGACGGAGGGUGACAUCAUCAGCCAGGCCCUGCGACGGGCGACGCCCAACGAGCCCACGAUGCUGCUGUACGCCGAGCAGCUGGCCAGGAAGGAGGUCGAGGUGGGAAGCCUGCGGCGGAAGAAACACCAGCUGGAGGAGGACGUCCACCAGCUGCAGGCCAGACUCAUCGCCAACGGGGAGCGCCACGGCGAGGAAGCGUCUGAGCUGAAAGGACAACUCGACAAACUGAUCAGAGAUCAGAGCAGAGAGGGCGCCAACAUGGAGUACCUGAAGAACGUCAUCUACAAGUUCCUGACCCUACAGGACGCCAGCGGGAGGCAGCAGACGCUCAACGCCAUCCUGACCAUCCUGCACUUCAGCCCGCAGGAGAAACACACUGUCAUGGGGCUGAAGGGCGCCACCUGGUGGACCAACAAGAGAUAAAACACCUGAAGAAGAAACAUCAUGGGGCUGAACAAGAAUUAACCAAACUUUGGUGGAUUCAAUUCUUCUUAUCAAUGAUAUAUUUUUCUUAUUUUUGAUUGAUUGUUUGUUUAUAUAUAUAUAUAUAAAAUGUAUAUAAAAUGUAUAAAUUAAAAUACU